CCUGAUACGCAGGGUGCCCAGCUCUUUAUGGAGAAGAGCAAUUGUAAUAUCAUACCAACAAUGAUGGAUUCUCAAUUCAGAGGCUCCAUUUGGACGAUACUCGUCCUCUUCACACUGCCACACGUCACCUGUAACAUGCUUUGCCCCAGCAGUUGCAGGUGUAAUUUCAUAGGUGCAGUCACGUGUACUGGUGACACCAUCACAGAUCUACCAAAACAGCUGACUGCUGACACGUACCUGCUGCAGCUUGACAGGACAAGCAUGAAUGUCAUAAAUGAGCAGAGCUUGGCAAACCAGGACCUCCUGUUGCGUUUCAGUCUGACCCGCAGCCAUUUACACACGAUCCAUCCUAGCGCCUUCCAAGUUGCUCCACAGCUCAAGUCUGUCAAACUGUCAUCCAAUGAUCUCUCUACCCUCCCUGCUCGGGUUUUCAGUCCACUGACCACUCUGGAACAGUUGCAUUUAAAUGACAAUGAGUUAGAAACCAUAAGCUCAGAUAUUUUUGAAGGACUGGGCGGGUUGCUGAAUCUGGACCUGAAUAAGAACAAACUGAGGAGUCUUGAUUCAGAGACUUUUGAUGGACUGGUCAACCUCACCUUUCUGAACCUCGGCAGAAACUUAAUAAAGAGGCUUCCACCGACCAUCUUUCACUCAUUAACUAAUCUUAUUGAGCUCAAUGUCUAUAAAAACGAGAUAGGGGUGCUAGAAGCUGGAAUUUUUGAUAAACUAAUCAAUCUUCAGGUGCUGAAAAUCCAUGAGAACCACAUUACAAGCAUUCCACCUCAGGUGUUCUGGUCCCUGAGGAACCUGAAGAACCUCACCAUGUCCUCCAACCGACUUCAGGCCAUCCCGGAAAAAAGCUUCUACCACAUGCCACAACUGAUCAAGCUUACCAUUUACAAAAACCCUUUGUUAUUUCUACCAGACCAGCUAAUGGGUCACAUGCCUUACAUAACAGAAUUUUUUCUGUAUGCCACUAACCUCACCACUGUGCCUGGAAAUUUGUUUGCCAACAUGUCUGGACUCAUGCAGCUUAACUUCAAUGUAAACGAAAAGCUUAGAGAAUUGCCCUCAGACCUCUUUUGCUGCCUUCCUGUGCUCGAGAAGCUCUCACUGAAAGCCAAUGACCUCCAUUAUCUACAUCCUCAGUUGUUUUCUAGACUAACCACACUGGGCAUUCUGCAUCUUAAUGAUAACAGGCUGCAGAGCCUACCAGAGAACAUCUUUCAGGGCCUUAGAAGGGUAUAUUCAGUUGUUUUGAAGAAUAACCACUUUAAGACUCUUCCAGGAGAUAUUUUCUUGUCAAAUGCAGCUUUGAAGGCUGUAAGUCUGAGUGGCAACCCUUGGAACUGUACAUGUAGUAUCAGAGGUAUUGCGAAAUGGAUAAGACAUAAUGAGGAAGUGGUUCUUGACAGACAUGAUGUGAUGUGUCAUAGUCCAACAUACCAACUGCUCCGUACUGUUGGCUCCCUGCAUGAUGAGGAGUUCAACUUUUGCGACGCUCCAAAAGUCACGCCAAGUUAUUUUUCGACAAAUGAGCCCACAGAACAAUUCAAAACCAUUCCUACCAGUGGUCAAACAUCUGUUGUUGGUUCAACAACCACACCGACCCCAAAAAUAUUACCCACCACUCAAGGAGCUACCCAAAAAGUCACCACCCCAACAACCAUUCCAACCGCAAACCCAUCUGCCUUACAUACCACAAUCCUACCAACAACUCUCCAAACUCCCACCGCCACCCUGCCUAACAAGAAGAAUCUUCCCAUUAAUGAGACUCCCUCACCUCUGUUCUACGACGUACUGGUGAUUGAACAGGGGCCGGAGUUUGUUCACCACCACCGUCACAGGGGCUGGGUGUCUGUGUGGUUUCUGCCCUCGGAUAUGACCAUGGCCGGACUCCUCAUGUUUUGUCACAUCGUUCUUGUGGUCAUAGGCUUUUUCCUUAUUCUUGGUGCCAUGUUUUACAUGUAUCGCCUCAACAAGACCAUUAAUGAGCUGAAGGCUGAGUGUACAGAUAAGCCAGUGGAACAAAACAUGUGAUAUUAGGCUGGUGCACAGCAGAUCAUAAUCAACUAUCCCUUUCCACGGGCUGCAGUUCACAAAAGUAAUCCCUCUAGGGCAGGGGUGUCAAACAUAUGGCCUGUGGGCCAGAACCAGCCCACCAAAGGAUCCAAUACAGCCCUCUGGAUGACUUUGCAAAGUGUGAAAUUUUAACGAAGUCAUUAUUACAAAAGCCCGACCAAUUUUAUCACAGAUUAUUUGGGUUGCUGGAGGUAAAAAUGAAAUACAUAAUUCCUGACACUGAGUGGUACAUUUCUGUUUAGGACAUCUCUGACAAUGUACAGACACAAAAAUCAAGCAUGUUAACUGUAUAAAUUUAGAAAUAUUCUAAAUUAAAAUGCCCAUAUUUCUUGAAAUGUCCUGAAAUCUGAAAAUUGAGGCGUCAUAAAAAAAAAAAGAAAACAAAUUGCUGCAUAGUUCCUGACAAUAACUGAAAUAUUAGAGUUCAGGACAUCUCAAACUACACCCAUACUGAAAAUCAAGCAUUUUUAUUGUACUAAACUUUGUCAAAUUGUAAAAUAUAUGAUCAGUUUUACUGGUCUGGCCCUCUUGACAUUAAAUUGAGCUUUAUGUGGCGGCUGAACUAAAAUUAGUUUGACACCACCAAAAAUGUAUAUAAUAUUGUAUAAUACAGAAUGUAUGCUUCAAAACAGCUGAUGGAAGAUUUUUGUACCCCUUUUUUGUUCAUAAUUUUAUAUAAUCCAUAUAGAAGUAAGGAUUGAUCGAUUAAUCAAUUAGUCAAUCAAAAGAAUCAACCUGCAACUAUUUUGAGAAUUGAUCAAUGGUUUAAGUGAUUUUAUGUCAAAAACAAUUAAUCGGCAAAUUAAUCAGUGAUUGAAAUAAUAAACAUGCCUGUGUUUGAUAUAAUUAAAUAAAUGACUUAUUAAUAAUUAGUUGCAGCUCUAUAUGAAAUAAAACUUUCUUUUUGUAAUGUUUACUUUGCUAUCUCCCCGUCUUAAGGCAGUCAGCUAAAAGUGAUACUAAUGUCUAACAGUGUGUGUAAAUUUUACAUAUUUUAUUAAUAUGUGUUUACCUUUUGAGAACAAAACCUACGUAGUGGGCAGUGUUAAGUCAAGCCCAUAUUGUCAAUGGUGAUCGCAAGUUAUUUGUUUCCCUGUAAUGGUAAAACUUUAAACUGUGUAUAGAGACAUCACUCACAACUUAAAAAUAUUGUUUAGUAACUUAUGAAUAAUCCGCCUAAAUUAAUUGUAUUAUGUGCAAAUGUCCUUGUUUCUUCCAUCAUUUUGGUGAAAACAAGAUGCUUAUUUGUCUGUACAGGUUUUGAUUUCUUGCUGAUAAGAGAGGUAAUAAUCAUUAAGCUGCAACAAUAAUGCUAUUCCUACCUCGCCCAACCAGAAUUACAUUUACAGUUUGUUUUUUUUUUGGCAUCUGAUAAUGGCCACACAUUCCAGUAUCAAUAUCAUGAUUAGGUGGUUAAUGGGUCGCACAGUCAGGCGACUAAUCUCUCACAUGCACUUUUGCUAAUUGGUAUCUGGUAAAGGGAGCUCAGUUGUGCAGUCCAUUUUGGUUGUAUUUCAGAAUUCACUAAAAUAUCAAUUUCUGUAGGGAAGUUGUUUUUUUUUUGCCUCCAAUUCAAAUAAUUAAGUUUUGAGUAUGAGCCAGCCCCCAGUCCCAGAUAUGGUACCUCUAUUUUCCUAGAUAGUACAGCUGUGCAGUACAAACUUUAAACAGGCUUCUGUAAAAUUAUCAAAGUCAAUCCAAGCCUAAGCUUGACAAUAUAAAUGAAUGAUUAACUAUACAAUGCAUUAACAAAAACCCUGCAUCCAUGUUGUUCCUUACUGUUUCUUAUUAAUGAGUCUAUUUUUAUUAUCAUUUAUAUAUUUUUUUUUAAUAAAGUAUAAAUACAAACUUACAAACUUCUUUUAUCUUUUUGUCCUAGGUGCUGUCUCUAAGGGAAUAUCUCUCUUUACAAGAGUAUUCUCUAGUGUUUGUCACUUCGUUGCAGCCUUGUCUGAGUUAUUUUGAGUGUUUAUUUUCAUCAUCUGCACAUCUUUUGCAGGGAUUUCACUUCUUAAGCCACAUGACGCUUUUUGCUCAUGCUUUCGAUGCACUUGCAGUGACGUGUAGAGUGUGGCUGUUGUAAACUCUAGUAUGUGCUAUAACUGAAAGCAAAACACUCUAACACUUAGUUGACCCUGCUAGUCUUUGCAAAAAUGGUGUCAGCAAUAGUACUUGGAAACACUAGGUUGGGAUAGAACUGAAAAGUUUCCACUUUGAGAAAGCAUGUGUAACAUACUCCAGCAUUGCAUUGUGCAUUCUCGCCCAUUCCUGUAACCACACAGCUGAAUGUAUGCACAA